UGUAAGCCAAAUCUGUCAAUGAAUCACGCAGCAUAUAAAAGUAUACUCGCAAACUUUGUCUCGUCAGUCGCUCAACAGAACCACAGAAUGAAGUCCGUAUUUUUAAUAUCCGUCACAGUAAUUGUGAUCGCAUUGUACAUAGAAAAUGCAACUAGUAUGCCCUUUAGUACGAUCGGGAAAAAGUCACUCGUAACUAAUACGGGUGGUGGUAAUGUGAAUCGUGAAGUGAUUUCAAAUAUAAUGGAUCCCCCAUUAACGAGUGUUGAAGAAUAUCGAACGAAACGAGAAAUUAUGAAUAAAAUUGGAUGCCCUAAGAACAUGGUCAGAAUUAUCACAUGUGUUCCUAAGAGAAAUGUGAGACACGAAAAGAGAAAAAAAUCUAAACAUGGACACAAAACCAAAAGGGCGCAUAGAAGUAGAGCAUAAUUAUUGAAUUGCGUGUUACGAUAUGAAGGAUGGGUUAAUGACCCCAACCACAAGACAUUACAUACUCAGUCAUUCAUAGUUUUUAGUUGUUCAUUCAUAAAACACGAAUUGUGGAAAAAAAAAUUAUGAAAUAAUAUGAAAGUGAGAGCCUUAAAGACGUUUCAUAGUAUUAUAUAAAUUAUUGAGUUAAAAAUAAGUGUACUGAAUUUAGUCAAAAAUAUGAUUAGAUUGAUUUAAAUGGUUAAUGUAAGCAGAAACAAAUGUAAAAAAGAUAUUUAUUCGAGUGUUAUGUGUAGUAUUAGCUAGGAAGCGUCUAGUUAAAGUAUUUAUUUUAAACUUUAUAGUGAGACCAGAGCUUUAAUUUUCGUAAGUCUAAUUUAAUUUCGUAUUUAAUUAUUUUGUGUGUUUGUAUUUAUUUCGAUGGUUCAGUGAUGUUCAUUUUAUUUUUAGUUUUUUUAUAUGAUGCGAAAUAAAAAGAGCAAAAGACGUUUUGUA